AUGGACCGACCAAGUGACGAUGAUGAAGAUGCGGAGUUGGACUUUGACCUCCUGGCGAUCAACGAGGACGACGUGCGUCAAACCGUCUACAAGCAGACUGGCAAGCGCAAGAGUGAAGCAAGACCCGGCAUGUCACGUUCAGCUCGCCCUCGAACUGGGUUGGAACAAGCAAGUGCGCCGGAACACGUCUCCAACCGUCACCAGAAACGACGAUCAAGUGCUCCAGAAACGAUGUCUGAUGACGAAGAAGAUGCAAGCGUCUACGAUCAAGAUGACGACUCGACGCCUCCAACAUUUUGGCGUGCAAGUGCAAACGCAGUGGAAGCAACGGACCUAGCAGAACCUGUGACUUUUCAAGACGCGAUCAAUGGUCCUGAUCAAGCUCACUGGCGAAAUGCUGUGAAGGCGGAACUCAAGUCGAUGCAUCUUCGUGGAGUUUUCCGUGCGGCAAAACUACCAAGAGGCCAAGGCGCGAUCGGCACCAAGUGGGUGUUCAAGAUCAAGCGCAAAGCGGAUGGAUCGGUCGAGAAAUACAAGGCGCGUCUCGUUGCCAAGGGCUUCAAGCAGAAGUACGGCAUCGACUACACAGAGACGUUCUCGCCCGUGGUCAAGUACGUGACACUGCGUAUGGUGAUCGCGAUCACCAAGUAUUUCGACUGGCCACUGGACCAACUCGAUGUGGUGACAGCCUUUCUCUACGGAGUGAUGAAGGAGAAGGUGUACUGCGUGAUACCAGAAGGCGUCGAGAUGGAUGGCGACUUCGACUGUCUCGAGUUGGUGAAGGCGAUCUACGGUCUCAAGCAAGCUUCACGUGUGUGGAACGAGACUUUCGACGAGUUCGUAUGCUCUAUCGGUUUCGAAGCGUCGGCGUUCGACCCAUGUCUCUACAUCAAGGUUGUCGACGGUCACUGUGUGCUCGUGCUGGUCUACGUGGAUGACGUGUUGGUCACCGGCAGCUCGCUCGAGUUGAUUGCGCAGACGAAGGCCGACCUCAAGACGCGUUUCGAGAUGACCGACAGUGGCAAGUGUACUUUUGUACUGGGCAUCGAACUGGUGGACGAAUCGGAUGGCAGCGUGACGAUGUGCCAGCGACGGUAUGUCAACGACAUCCUCAAGCGCUUCGGCAUGGAUGAGUGCAAGGCCACAGCAAGUCCGGUCGACUUGAGCACUCGGCUUGUCGCAAGCACCGAAGCGGCCAAGAUCGACGUUCCGUUUCGUGAAGCUGUGGGAGCUUUGAUGCACUUGACGACUGCGACGCGCCCGGACAUUGGGUAUGCUGUGGGGUACGUCUCGCGCUUCAUGGAGAAUCCGCAGCAAGAACAUUGGACGGCGGUGAAGCGCAUCUUUCGUUACUUGCAAGGGACCAAGUCGCACGGACUCCGCUUCCAGCCAAGCGACAAGAUCGACUUUCGUGGCUACUCGGACGCGGACUGGGCCGGCGACCACGCUGAUCUCAAGUCGACUUCGGGUUAUACUUUCAUGCUGAUGGGUGCUCCUGAAGGCAAGUGGGUGCAUCGCCUGCUAUGCGAGAUUUUAGCGGCCGCAAACGAACCAGGACCGGACCUCGUCAUCCGUGAAGACAACCAGUCGUGCAUCAAGAUGACGAAGAAUCCGGUGAAUCAUGGCCGCGCCAAGCACAUCGACAUCAAGUACCAUCACAUCCGUGAUGAGGUCAAGCGCGGUGAAGUGCAGCUCGAGUAUUGCGAGACUUCCGUGAUGAUGGCGGACAUCAUGACGAAGGGACUUCAUGGACCACGCCACAAGGAGAUGACGACGGCUCUCGGGAUUCGUGAGCAUUCGGAUUGA